AUGGCCUGCUGUCACAAAGUAAUGCUGGUGCUGGACACCGCGGGCGGCGCUGCUCGUCACAGCCGGGUCCGGCGGGCAGCCCUGCGGCUCCUCACCUAUCUGAGUUGCAGAUUCGGCCUGGCCAGGGUCCACUGGGCCUUCAAGUUCUUUGACUCGCAGGGGGCGCGGAGCCGGCCAUCCCGCGUGUCCGACUUCCGCGAGCUGGACACCCGCUCUUGGGAGGAUUUUGAGGAGGAGCUGGACGCCAGGCUCGGGGAUCGUGCCCACUUGCCGGGUCCCUUGCCCCGGUCCAGCCACACGCACAGCGCCCUGAUGGAGACGCUGCUGGACUACCAGUGGGACCGGCCCGAGAUCACGUCGCCCACGAAGCCGGUCCUGCGGAGCAGCGGGCGGCGGCGGCUGCUGGACGCGGGGAGCGGGGCGGAGGAGGCCGAGACGGCGCUCGGGGGCUUCGGGAACGCCGUGUUCCUCCUGGCCCCCUGCCCGCACUCGCAGAGGGAGCUGCUGCAGUUCAUGGCGGGCAGCGAGGCCCAGGCCCAGCGCUCGCCGCCCACGCCCAAGCAGGUGAUGGAGAAGCUGUUGCCCAGGAGAGUCCAGGAGGUCAUGAUCGCCCGAAGCAUCACCCUGUACUGGGUGGACACCACCGAGCACUCCAAGCUGUGGGAUUCCCCAGACCACAUUGGGUACUGGGCGGUUUGUGAACUGCUCCACCAUAGAGGAGGCACUGUCUUGCCAUCUGAGACUUUCAGCCAGGGUUUUACGCAAGGUGUGGGAACGGUGCUGGGGGGUGAAGGAAAGCUGUCAAACAAACCUCAGCCGUCUCCGUGGCCUGCAGCCCUGCCAGCUGACGCCGCUUUAAAUCGCUUGCUGUGUAACGCCCCUGAGUAUGAAACCUCAUUUCCUCGGAUGGAAGGGGCACUAUUUCUCCCUGUUCACGGCAAAGAGAUUCAAGACACAUGGACAGUCACCCUGGAGCCCUUGGCCAUGCAUCAGAGACAUUUUCAGAAACCAGUCAGAAUUUUUCUGAAAGGCUCGGUGGCCCAGUGGUCUCUCCCAAUGAGUGGCACUUUGGGCACUGACAGCUGGAUGCUACAAAGUCCAGAGGAGGACACAUCAACUCAAAAGCUGUUAUUUCAGCAGCUAGUAAGCAGGCUGGCUGCUGCAGAGUUACAGCUGGUUGCCAGUGUGGACCCUGGUGAAGGCUGGCCCCCCAUCACUGGAGUUAUUUCCCCACUCUCUGCCUGUGCUAUGGUUCUCACUGUGUUCCGUACCCAGGAAGCUGAGUUUCAGAGACAUUUUCUCCACACAGCUAUGGCUGGAGACCCCCAGGAUACAGCUUCUCUCUUCUCAGAUGUUGUGGAUGGCGUAUUGCGUCAGAUUCCUAGUUCAUAUGAAGAUCCUGAGUCUGCAGUUCCUCCUGUUCCAGAGUGGGCCCAGCAGGAGCUUGGCCACACCAUCCCCUGGAAUUCAGCUAUUGUGGAAAAGUGGUUCCCUUUCUCUAACAUCAGCGGUGCCAGUUCAAACUUGAUGGAGUCAUUUUGGUUACUACAGGCUGCCUCAGCUAAUAAGGAAGAAUCUUCCAAAACUGAAAGUGAAUUAACACGUUGCCUCUCGGAGCUGUACCAGAGAAAAGCUCAUGAAGACUCUACUCUUUCUAAUCAAGAACACAGAAAAAAGAAACGUGGAAUCCCCCGCACCCCAGUGAGACAAAAGAUGAAUGCCAUGUGCCGUUCCUUGAAGAUGUUGAACGUGGCGAGGCUCAAUGUAAAGGCCCAGAAGUUGCAUCCAGAUGGCAGUCCAGAUGUGGCUGCAGAGAAAGGGACUCAGAGGACAACUGGUGGAAGAACAGCAGAUAAACUAGAAGACAGAGGAAGAACAUUAAGAAGUUCUAAACUGAAAGAUUUUAAAACUGAGGAGGAGCUACUAUCUUACAUACAUGACAAUUACCAAAAGACCGUGGCCAUGAGAGGAAUUGUGCUGCAUUCAUGUGCUCAGAACAUGAUCUCAACCAUUAAAGUGUUCCUAAAAUCGAAAGGCGCCAAGGAAUUAGAAAUGAACUGCCUGAAUCAUGUAAAAAGUAACCUCUUAAAAACUAGCAAAAGUCUUCGACAGAAUCUAGGGAAAAAACUGAGUAAGGAAGACAAAGUCAGGGAGUGUCAGCUUCAGGUGUUUCUUCACCUGGAGAUGUGUCUGCAAUGCCCUUCGAUACUAGAAUGUACAGAUGAGAUGGAGCAAGUAGUGGAGGAGGUGACAGACUUGCUGCGCAUGGUAUCUCUAACCGAGGACCCCGCAUACCUGUCCGAGUUUCUGGAGGAGAUUUUGAGAUUGUAUAUUGGCUCCGUCCCAAAGACACUUGGAAAGCUUUACAACAGCCUGGGGUUUAUGAUCCCUCAGAAGCUGGCUGGUGUCCUUCCUUCAGAUUUCUUCAGUGAUGACUCCAUGACACAAGAGAGCAAAUCACCACCCUCGAUGCCUCGUUCAUCAAGCGCUCACAGAUCGGUGUCAGGCUGCACAGAAUCUGACCAGCUGGAGGAGCUCCGGACCAGAUCAGCCAAGAAGAGAAGGAAAAAUACAUUAAUAAGACACAAAAGCAUCGCAGAGGUUUCACAGAAUCUACGACAAAUUGAAAUUCCCAAAGUGUCCAAGAGAGCUGCAAAAAAUGAAAGCUCUCAGCCUGCUCUUCCACUCCCAGUGAAAGACACAGUACAAGAAGUUACCAAAGUUCGAAGAAACCUCUUCAACCAGGAGAUGCUUUCUCCUUCAAAGAGAUCACAAAAGGGGGGGCUGCCAAGAAGCCAUUCUGUGUCAGCUGUGGAAGGUCUAGACCAUAAACUGGAAAGCUUCAGCAAGACCAAAGGUUAUCACAAGCUGCUGACAAAGACUGUCGCUGAGACCCCAGUACACAAACAGAUCUCCAGGAGGCUGCUGCAUAGGCAAAUCAAGGGCAGGUCGUCAGAGCCUGGUCCUGAUAUCGAUGUUGUAGAAGAGUCGCCUGAGAAAGGAGACAACGAAAGAAGUUUGAGACGAAGUCCUCGAAUCAAAUCAUUGUCAUUUAGCAGAACAAACUCUAGCUCCUUCUACUCUGUGUCUCAGCCAAAGUCUCGAAGUGUGCAGAGAGUCCACUCGUUCCAGCAAGACAAGUCAGACCAAAGAGAAAAUUCUCCAGUCCAAAGUGUUCAGUCUCCCAAGAGGCUACUUUUUGGGGCACUUUCCGAGAUAAUCAGCCCUUCAGAGAAGGGCUCUGCCCGAGUUAAAAGAUUCUCAAGAAGCACGUUGGGUUCUGAGAUACCUGCAGCUCACCAGACUCCCAAGAAGAGUUGCCAGAAAUCUCCAAGUUUUCCUAAAACUACACCAAGAAGGUUCCCCCGUACACCACAGACCCCACUGUACACUCCAGAGAGGCUGCAGAACUCGCCUGCAAAGCAGGCCGUUUCUAAGGUGUCCCCACAGGAGCCCUCCUCACAGGGCUCUGGCUCACCAUUGGCAUCCAAAGUCAUUCCUCAGAAAGGGUCCUCCCCCGCAGAAGCGCCCUCUCCUCUGGAAACCAAUGUACCAAGAACUCCCAGCAGGCCAGGUGCUCUGCCACCUGGCUCUUUCCCAAACUGUGUGUGGCCACGUUCAGUGAGUUCCAGUUCAGAAAGCUCCUGCUGUCCAGCAUCCCGAGCUGCCCGGAGUGGGAGCCCCAUCAAAUACUCCCUCAGGACACCUCCCAGGGCAGCAGCCCUGCGGGGCAUGCCCGAGAGUCAGAAAUGCCAAGAGUCCUAUCUCCCUGACACUUCUCAGGCAGUGGACCUGGCACAGAAACUUAAGGAGAAGGCUGUCAAGACCUCAAAGAGACCAGAAGAUGCCACUGUGACUCCUUCCCCGCCUGGUUCUCCCCUUCGUGAUGCUCUAAAGACUCUACUUAGGAAACCUUUGACGGCAUCUCCUCCCCCUGAAGAACUGGAUAGGAAAGAGGCCCAGAUGUCACCCAGCAUAGCCACAUCGCCUUUCCAUCCUGUUCCCUCAACUCCCCCCCAAAUCACACCGAGAGCUACCUCCCCCACCAUCCCCCCUCCUCCUCCAUCUAAACUGAAGAGACAGUGUGGAAAGACCUUCAGUUCUCAACCAGCUUUCCUGGAAUGCCAACCUGGCCCCUCUGCUGCUCCUGUGCCUGGCCCAGGCGACAGCCCGGCCACCACCACAGGCUCUAGAGAGGGCCAGAAGAAAGGGAGCCUCUCCCCUCAGCUUUCUCCUGAAGGACAGAGUCACCUGGGCGCAGGUUUCAGGAGCGACUGCCAGGUAUCCUCUCCUUUGCUCAUUUCAAGUGACACGGAGUACCUCACUUUGCUUGACGAAGCGGAACGCUGUGACUGUGAGAGCCACCAGGUGAAAGGCGGCCUCUUGGCAGGAGAGGAAGGUAAAGGGCUAAGGACAGUGGUUUCUGAUGAGCUGCCCUCUGUGUCUGACCCAAGCAUUCCUCCACCUACUCCUUCCUCGGGUUCCAGCUCCCCUGAGUUGCUGUCCUACGUUCUGCGCUGCACUGCAGACAAGAGAUGGCACCAGGUCUCAGCACAGCCCAAGAGCCCGCAGGCUUUGGCACAGCGUACAGAGGCCCCUAGUGGCCCACGGACCUAUGAGGUGGAGCUGGAGAUGCAAGCCUCUGGCCUCCCCAAGCUCCGCAUUAAAAAGAGAGACCCCAGCGCAGUGCCUGAGGCUGAGGCCCCACCAAAGGAGGACUGCUUCUUGGGAGAGGAGGGCUCCUCCCCUGCUCCCAGCCUGCCCAGGGCCGGUCAGUCCACUGGCAAACCCGAGCCCACCUACACACCACCCCCCUGCCUGCACCCAUCACACAGCACACCUGGCAAGAGCAGGGGGCAAACCUAUAUCUGCCAGUCCUGCACCCCUUCCCGCUGCCCCUCCAGUACCCCCUCUCCAUUUCAGGCAGAGGCUGGAGUUCCUUGGACGCCAUCCCCCAAGCAGAGUGGGAAGACCACUCCUGACACAAUUAAAGACUGGCCCCGGAGGAAGAGAGCGGUGGACUGCAGUGCUGGGCCCACUGCUGGGAGAGGUGAGGCUGGAGCAGACCUUCCUGGGGCCUGGUCACUGCCUGACCCUGAGGGAAAGGAGCAAGGCCUUGAACUCAGCCUCCACAAAACUCCCGUCUUGGAAGAUUUUGAGCUUGAGGGGGUAUGUCAGCUGCCAGACCAUUCGCCGCCCAGGGAUGGUGUGCCUAAAGCUGAAGAAGCCUCCUGGGAACAGUUUGGGCUGGGUUCCAGGAAGAGACUACUGUCUGCCAAGGACGAAGCUGAGUGUGGAGCCAAAAGACUCUGUGAUGGCCUGAGUGAAGACUCAGGAGCUAGCAGGCCAGAAGAGGGCUCUCCACGUUGGAGUGUGCCGCCUCUCCUCUCCAUGGGGGAUGACGAGGUCUUUGUUUCUGGCUCCACCCCGCCUCCCGGCUGUGCUGUGCGGAGCUGCCUCUCGGCCAGUGGUCUGCAAGCCCUGACCCAUUCUCCACUGCUGUUCCAGGGGAGGACGCCAUCCUCUCAGGGCAAGGACACCAGAGAUGAUGCCGCCGACGGCUUUCCCUCCGCUGCAGAAGAGUCUCCUUUCCACCAAGCCUUCUCCAGGCGACGCCCCUUCAGCAGAACUUACACCCGGAAGAAGCUCAUUAGUUAG